GGUCGGGUUGCGUUCGCGUCUGACCUCCCUUCCGCAAUGGCUCAGGUUUGUUCUGUGAUUUACUGUAGUUCGCGUUGCAGUGCCAUGAGUAUGACAUUGAGCAGUGCUGGAAGCUCUAGUAGCAAAAUUGCUGAUUUUAAGGCUCGCUUAGCAAAGCUGCACACGAAGAGGAAUGAGGCAGCAGCCCUGAACCACAAAGAAGUUGUUGAAGAAGAUCGUCAGAAACAGAUGCCCAAAAACUAUGCAAAGAAAAGAGAACGAUUAGAAGCAGAAUUUGAAGAAGAGCAGCGUAGAGAAGCUGUUAUGGCGCAGGGUAAAGACUAUGACCGUCUCAAGAUGUUGGAAGUUGGAGCGGAUGAAGCUGAACGUUGGGAGAGAAGAAAGAAGAAAAAAAACCCAGACCAAGGUUUCUCUACCUAUGAAGAUGCUACAAUUAGACAGUACAACCGUUUGGUAAAGAACAGGAAGAUAGACUUAGAAGAAUAUGAAAGAGAAAAAGAGGCAGUGGGGGAAGAUGCAUUCUAUGGAAGGGACAACACUAUAGCUAUUGGGCUUCACAAGGAUUCCAAAGAAGCUAUUGAUGGUAUGGUAGAUGAUCUAGAGAAACAGAUUUCUAAGCGAGAGAAAUACUCACGCCGCCGUAUCUACGAUGAUGAUGCUGACAUCAACUUUAUCAAUGAGCGUAACAUGAAGUUCAACAAGAAGCUGGAGAGAUUCUAUGGUGACUACACUGAGGAAAUCAAGCAGAAUCUAGAACGUGGAACUGCUGUGUAAUUUUUUAGAUGUUUCAUGCCAAUUUUACAAUGUGUACAAAUUAACAGAAAAUGUUAAUUUGUAAUAAUUGCAGAAGUUCAUGGUGGAUUUUAGUAUCUUUUGUUUUUAUAUAUUAUUUUGUCAUUGUCAUUAGGUUUCCUAGAAUGUAUCACUUAAUUAGGAACAUUAUUGAAAACAAAGAAUAAUAUUUUGGUUAAGGGAUGCUCAGAAAAAAAUAUAUUGAGUGAAUAAAAAAUAUUAUUAUUAACCAUAUUUUUUAUGUAUGAAAUAGGACAGUAUGUUAAGGUUUCACAUCAAUUAAGAUAAAAUGAUAAAGAUCCACAAGACUCAAGAAACAUGGAAGGAUUACAGUGAUAUGAAAGUAUUCUGCAAUGCAUUU